GGGAGCAGAGCUGAUUUACCUGGGCUUUGGUGCUCUUAACUUCUACUAUGUGUUUGACCAUAAGCUCAUGAAACAUCCAUACUUUGUUAAGAUGCCACUCUUGAUCCGGAAGUCCUGUCUUCUACUCCAACUACAGGCCCAUCUCCAAUCUCCCCUUCAUAUCAAAAGUACUUGAGAAAGUAGUUGCCACCCACCUUCAGGACCACCUCAAACAUAAUAACCUCUUUGAAAAAUUCCAGUCAGGUUUCCGCUCUGCCCACAGCACAGAGACUGCCCUCGUCAGAGUCACAAACGACCUCCUCAUAUAGUCCAAUGCUGGCUCUCCCUCCCUCCUCAUCCUCCUAGACCGGCUCCACCUCACCACUGGACUCAAUGACACUGCCCUCAGUUGGUUUAAAUCAUACCUCACAAACCGGACAGAAUACAUCUCCCUGGGCCACUCCAAAAUCAAAUCCACACACAGUCACUUGCUGUGUCCCACAGGGGUCAGUCCUUGGCCCCAUCCUCUUCAUCCUCUACCUCACCCCCCUUGGCCAAAUCAUCAGCCGUCACAAAAUGUGAUUCCACUGCUGCAACCCCACCCUCACCCUCAUCCCCAUCUAAACUCACCACCUAUCUGGAGGAGAUAAAGGUACGGAUGGAGCACAACUUCCUUCAACUCCACAGCUCCAAAACCGAAGCCAUCCUGGUUGGCACCCCUCACCAGACCAAAUCAUCAACCAUAAGCAGCAUCACCUUUUCUGGCUCCAACAUCCCCCUCUCAUCAAUAGUCAUAAAAUCUUGGUGUAAAAAUGGGCUCCCAACUCACUUUUGAAGCCCAUAUAAAUCACCUAUGCAAGACGUCCUUCAACCACCUCCGUAACAUUUCCACACUCCGCCCCAUUCUCUCCCUCUCAGCUGCCGAAAAGCUGGUUCAUGCCUUUGUCUCCUCCAGACUGAACUACUGUAACGCACUUCUCAUUGGGAUUCCUGGCAAGAGUCUGCAGAGGCUUCAGUACAUCCAAAACUCUGCAGCUAGGAUCCUGAUGAGAGUGCAGAAACAUGAGCACAUUACCCCCAUUCUCCACUCACUCCACUGGCUUCCCGUCUCCACCAGGAUUGAGUACAAGAACCAGGUAAGAAGAGAGAUUCAACUAGGAACUGCUUCCAUCUUCUGGAUGAGCUUCCCCACAGUGGCCCUUUUCUUCUGGGAGGUCAGGGGACACAGCAAACUUUAUGACAACAUCAGCGACUCUUCUCUGGGCUGGAACGGGGUGUUCCUGAGCAUUGCUGGUUUCUUGUUCUUCACCGACAUGUGUAUCUACUGGAUACACCGGUGCAUGCACCAUAAGAACAUUUACAAGCACUUACAUAAGCAGCAUCAUAUAUUCAAAGUCCCUACGCCUUUUGCCAGCCAUGCCUUUCACCCACUCGACGGCUUCCUGCAGAGCUUACCCUAUCACGUCUACCCUUUCAUCUUCCCCCUCCACAAGGGGGUCUAUCUCUCACUCUUCGUCUUUGUGAACAUCUGGACCAUUUCCAUACACGAUGGAGACUACCGCAUCCCCGGCCCCCUGAUUUGUCUGAUCAACGGUGCUGCUCACCACGUAGACCAUCACCUCUACUUCAACUACAACUACGGACAAUACUUCACACUCUGGGAUCGUCUGGGGGGCUCCUACCGAUACCCUUCAGCCCUGCAGCGGAAGGGGCCGCAUGACCAUGUUCGUAAGCUCUUGGCAGAGGCUGCCGAGACACAGUGAUGCUGGAGCUGUAGUUCUGGUUUAAACCAGGUUUGUACAGGGAUGAUCAGCCUGGGUAACGAUGCAAGAAACAAAUGCAAUUACAUGCAAAGAUCUGCCAAGAGACAAUGGAUUGUUUUGCCAAACCGAGUUGCAAAUGUUAAAUACAUUGAAGGGAAUCUUAUUUUCCUUAAAUAUUUAUGGAUACGAUGGUUAAAUGGACUGCCUGGAGAUAUCUAAGCUGGAAAUAAAACUGUACCACAGUGAAUAAAAACCAGCUACACUAAG